GCAUGUAACAGGUGAUUUUAGUCCAGGCGAAGCGGCGAUCAUUUCUGCAUUUUUUUUUGUUUUUAAAUGAAUGUGCCUUUUGUAUUUUUGUACCACAUUGAUACCGGUAACUGUGAAAGCUGUACAGAUAGGGUUUUUUGUGUUCCAGCUUUAUUUUGUAGUUAUAAUUUCACCGACAGCAUGGAUAGGGACUCGACCGGCGCUGCGGAGCAGAGGGAGGCAGAGCCGUGGCCGCCUCUGGGGGGGAGCAGGGAGGCAGACACCUGCGGGGAGGACGCCCGCUUCUCCCGGGGAGGGAUGCCUCUCGUUAAUGAUGUGGCCCGGGCCAGGUGGACUCUGCUGAAACAGGUGUUGCGUCAGAAGCAGGCAGACAGUCCUGAGAUCAAACAGGUGUCUGUUCGCAGAUUCUCCACAUUUGACCUUUUCAGUAGGACAAAUCUUCCGACACAAGAUGCCAGUGAUACCUCAGAUGACCAGUGGGUGGAGUACAGAAGUGUCUGCUCCCCUGAGUACAGUGCCUUACUCAGAGAUAACCUGGGACCUCUUAGAGUAAAUGAAGUGCUCAACAGUUUUGACAACACUGGCAACGUCUGUGUGUGGCCAUCUGAGGAGGUGAUGGCGCAUUACUGUCUGCAGAAACGUCACAUGUUCAAGGGUGCAGUGUGCGAGUUAGGAGGAGGGAUGACUUGUCUUGGUGGGCUCAUGGUUGCCAUUUCUGCUGACGUGAAGGAAGUUCUCCUAUCAGAUGGGAAUGAGAAGUCCAUUCAGAAUGUUCAAGAACUGGUCAAGAGAAACGGGCAAGCUGGCAAGUUUGGAUCAACACAUGUAUCUUCAAGAGUGGUGAGAUGGGACUCUGAGACGGAUAUUUCAGCCCUCGCAGGUCACUUUGAUGUCAUCAUGUGUGCAGACUGUUUGUUUCUCGACCAGUACCGAGCCAGCCUGGUUGAUGCUAUAAGGAGAUUACUGCAUCCCAACGGCAUGGCCUUGGUGUUCGCUCCACUGCGAGGGGAAACGCUGAGACAGUUUUGUGAGCUGGCGCAGCGGGCUGGACUGUACGUCUCUGAACACCAGCAGUACGACGCUCAGGUCUGGGAUGUUCACGUGAAGAUGCAAAGAGGGGGGAAACAAGCAUAUGACGAAAACAUCCACUAUCCUCUCCUCAUCAUUUUGACCAAAGGACCUCAACCUGUCAGCCACACUCAGUAAACCAAAACAAAGUGUGCCCUCAGCUAUAAACAAUCCCUCCACUCCACAUUUUUUGCAUUAUGAAGGGGAGUGGGAUGUAUUCUGACUCGGUAUGUUUUAACCAUCUGCCAUGUGUCAAAAACAACUGCUGUCAGUCUAAUGAUGGUCACUCAGCCGGCCAGCCUUUUAACCAGUUGAUUAAACACAAAAGCUCUUAAUCAUCUGUCUGGGAAUAUGAAUCACAUCUUCAAACUGUCAUUUACUCAGACAGCCAUGUAAUCAAUCGUUCUUCUGCUGCUCCUUCAAUGACCUAACAUGGUUUGUAAUUCAUCACUAAUCCAGUCAGUGUUUCAUCCAAAAGGACAACUAGUUGUUCAUUAAGGAUAUUUCCUACAUCUUCUCUGUUUGCUGCGUUCAGAUGGCCAGUAUCAACCCACGCUGCUGUGGCUGUGGCCUCAGCGUGGAGACCGGCUUUAAUUCACUAACUGUCAGAGUGUAGAGCAGCUCAGUUUCUUUUGUUCCCACCUCUUAUGUCUUUUAAAGCAGCUCAUUCAUGCGAGUCACAGGUCAUUACAAAGAACUUCACCUCUGUAUAACUUACAACUGUGUAUUAAGACAACAUGGUAUAUUCAUACUGAGGUGCAGUCGUUGCUUCCCUGGGGCUACAAAUUGCACAUUUACAUAUCGUCAGAGUGAACUAAGGUGAAGCCGAUUAGUUACACUUUAAAAGGAAUGUGUUGUUUCUCCUACUGGGGUUGUGUUAAGUACUUCAUUCAUAGUUGGUGUCUUAAAUGCUGUAGAUGACAGUCACGGUGCUCUCAGUUUGGGGAAUCAGGGAGGAAUUUUCAUGAAGAGUUGAAAUUGUGGUUCAAGUGAACAUUUAAAUACAGUAUUUUUCCACCGCAUUGCUUUACUUUGUCACAAAGGUUUCUGUACCACAGAGCAUCCAAGUUGCAGCACAGUCCAUGCUCUAUGUUACGAGCUGAUCCUACGUUGGAGCAAAGACCUUUUCAUCUAGACUGUCCAUCUAAUGCAUAACUGACUACUACUUAUAAGUACUUUGCACAACCCCACUUCAAGAAAAAAUAAUCUUAUAUUGAAAUUCGAAAAACUGUAAUUCAUUUUUUCAGCUGUA